AUGGCGUUACCAGCUGCACAGCCAGCCGAGAUUCUACGCGCUUGGCAAAAAGAUGAUUUGUAUGAGAAACAAUUUGCUGGAUUCUUAGCUAGAUUAAUGCCUCCACAUCACGCAUCGAAAGCUGUACCAGUGUCAUCGUUAGUAUACAAGUCUUUCACGACUCUCAAAGACUUGCAAACACUUGGAGAAGAAUAUUCAGGGAUUGUUCAAGUUGAUGAAACAUACCACAAGUUGCCGACAUUUAGUAGUAGACUCAUUAGUAUCCUUCUUUCAGCUUUUGGUGAAAAUUUAACUAGAAGAUUACUUAAUUAUAUAGAAAAACAGAUUGAAAAGAAUGCAACUUUAAAACCUGAAGCACAAAAUUUGAUUCUAGUUAUUUUAAAAACACUAAAUAAUAUAGUUCCACAAAUUGAAAGCAUUCAUCGGGCACUUUCAUACAUCACUGGCGGGCCAUUACAAAUUGGUAAAACUGUGACUGGCAUUAAUUAUGUACAUGUUAGACCUGCAGCAGCUGCAUAUUAUGCUCAUUUAAGAUUAUUAGGAAUGGUUACUCUUUUACAUGCAUUUAUUUCAUGUGGACAAACAUUCUAUCAAGCUAAGAAAUAUAUUGAUGAAAUGAAAGAUUUUCCUAAUGAAGUGGAUAGUAGUAAGUCCUGUGUAGCAUGCUUAGAAGAAAUAAUCCAGCCCUGUGUUUUGCAAUGUGGUCAUUUGUUUUGUAUGAACUGCUGUUAUGGGGCAUUAGAAACCUGUCCUUUAUGUCGGACCCCAUUUACUAAAAAUACUGUGAUUCCUUUAAUGAAUUACAGACCUGGUAAAGUG